AGUGAAUGCUAAACUCAGCCGCGUUCAUGCUAGUGUAUUUCGUCCUUAACAAUGUGCAUAAUUGCUUUUACUUUUGGUAACAACGGCACUCAGUUUUACAGUUUUACAAGGUUCCGUACACCAGAAAAUUGUCACUCCAUAAAGUCAUGCGUAGUUUGAAAUCUCCAAACAUGCGGUUUAGUGGCGGCCGUCUCAGCAAAACUGCAUUGGGUUAAGCGGGAAUCAGUUGAUAUAAUCCGGUAACUACGGAAAUGGAAAGCAUAGGCUUCCGCAAUUCCGGUGCUGUCGAAGAAAUUGGCAGCAGUAUACAGUACGACUAUGCGAAGGAUGACUUUAUUGGGAGGGGAGCGUUUGGAAUAGUUUACAAAGCCAAAGUCAGAAAAGCACUUUUACGAUUCCGCACUCCGUCCGAGCCAGAUUUCGUAGCCGUCAAAGUGAUGCAUGUCGCGAUUAAUUCUGCAAUUGCUGCCGAUCAACAAAACUGGAUGACCGCAGUGCAGAGAAUGAAACAACUUCCUGGACUGAAGCACAAACAUCUCGUACGCUAUCACAAGGUUUCCAUCACAAAAUCUUCGGGCGGAGUGACAGUGGAGCUGGCAAUGGAUUAUCAUAAAGGUGAUCUUGCGUCGUUUUUAAGGGAAGCUAAGGAAAACGCAAACCUUAUGAACAACUGGGGAAAAGUGAUUCGAUUUGCAGAGGACAUGACCCAAGGACUGGAAUUCCUCCAUCAAAAGGGCAUCAUUCACGGCGAUUUGAAGCCUGAAAAUAUUCUUCUGAUCGUCUCGCAAAAUGGCAGCGAGAAACUGGUGAUUGGCGAUUUAGACGAUCUGGUGCAAAUGAAAGAAAGCGCCACCUGCUCUGCAGACAUUUCCCAGUUACGAGGCACAACGCGCUAUAUGUCGCCGGAAAUGCUGAAGAAAUUUUCACAACAAGAAGCAGAGCGACCAGGACGAAAAACGGAUAUGUGGAGUCUGGGAUGCAUCAUUCUGGAGAUGGCCGAAAACUAUGCACGCGUGCCCAAGAAACAGCUCGUAAAGGAUGGGAAUAUCGUCGAUGCGGGAAGCGAUCUUGGAAAUUACCAGUACGCAUGCUUGAUAAUCGACGGUUACGUUCCAUCUGUAAGCGACGACAUUGAGGACAAUUUAGCGUGCAUUAUUCGACAGUGUUUAGAUACAAGUAGCGCAAACCGAUUAUCCGCCGGAGAAUUACUCCAGGAGCUACCGAAGAAAGACGUCAUAGUAUUUUUUGGGCUCAGGGAUUCUAAAUAUCUCUGCGUCAUGAUAUUCAAUCCGUUGACUAACUCUGUUAAUGUUCAAGAGGUGCGGGGCGCACCAAAACUUAAGGGGUAUCUGUGGCGCGAGUUAGCGGUAACAGCCAACAAAAUUGUAAUUACGGAACUGAUACGUCAUGGUGACGUCUACAAGGUGAAAUUCCAUUUGUGGAAUGUCGACGAGGGAACAUGGGGUCAACACGAGCCAGUUCCUUCUUUGAAUAUAAUAUUAUAUCCGUAUACAACGGUGGCUGCGGUAGAGGACAAGGCUUAUUUCUUCGACGAUACCGGAAUCUUAACAGAAAUGGACAUUUCUACAGGCGAAAUUGCACCUUUAACUCAACCAAAUCAACGCCCUCUCCACUCACCAGAAGCAGUAGCCAAAUGCCGUGAGCAGAUAUUUUAUGCUACUAGGAGCCGCCUCUUCCAGUAUGACACGGUGAUCAAGAAAUGGAAGAACUUACCAUGGCAACAAGAUCGCGAGUAUUUUGCAAUGGCCGUGGUCAGCGGACACAUAUACAUUAUGGGCGGAAUGCUUCGGGACGCAACGCUUGACUUUCCUGCAACAGCUGACUGUAUUCGUUUGAAACUGGGUUGUACAACGUGGGAAAAGAUUGAACCACUUCUUCAGCCUAAAUGGCGGCAUGCUGCUUGUGUUAUCAAGGAUCGAAUAUACAUCUGCGGCGGUAUGAAUACUGAAGACGAGAACGCCGUUACGAUAGAGGCUUACGACACCAGCGCCGACGCAGGAUGGUCGACUGUCAAUUUGCCGCCGAAGGAUAACAAACAGUUUGCAGCCUGGUUGGCUGCAUACACAUACAGUGAUUCGUGGUAUACACGUGCAACCACGGUUUCCGUCAAGCAGGGUAUUGACAUCUUUCCAGACAUAACCGCUUAAACGGCGUUUAGCAUCAUGCGUCGUUGUGCAUCGACUUGCAUAAUUAAAGCUUACGAAACAAAGUACCAAUUGAUAAAAAAGUA